AUGGUGACAUCUACGGAGGCAGAUCCAUCGCCACCUACAGCAAAUGCUGCCCACUCAGGGAUUGAUGGUAAGGCCUCUGUGUUCUUUGCAAUUUCUAAGAACAAUACUUGGAUUAUUGAUACAGGUGUAUCCGAUCAUAUGACUCGGGACUCCGGUCAGUUACAAUUUAUUUUCCCUUCUCCUCAAUCUGUAAUCUCCACGGCUAAUGGUAGUACAUCUCCCAUUACUAGAGAGGGCUCUGUCAUUCUAUCUCAAACUCUCACAUUAGAUAUUGUCCUUGUUGUUCCAUCCCUCGAAUAUAAUCUUCUAUCUGUUAGCCAAAUUACCUCUAUUCUUGCUUGCAUUGUCACUUUUUGGCUCUUAUUUUGUGUUUUUGAGGACAUUCUAACGUGGAAGAUUCUUGGUUAUGAAUUGCCAAUGUCUACAUAUCCACAAAGAUCAAAUAAGGGAGUCCUGAAGAAACAAUAUGAACCUGAUCCUAAAGCCAAGAGUAAAUACCCAAUUAGCAACCAUGUGUCGUCCCGCAGGUUAUCUGAAUCAUGUGCAUUUACUGUUAAUCAAUUAUCAACUGUAUCUAUUCCUAGUAAUGUACAAGAUGCAUUGACAGAUCCGAAAUGGACAAAGGCAAUGAACGAAGAGAUGAAAGCAUUACAAAUGAAUGCCACUUGGGAAUUUGUUCCAUUACCCGAAUGA